AUGACCCGCUCAUCAUCCCUGGACGCCAAGAAUUUCACGGUUGGCUGGAUCUGCAGCCUCUUAAUCGAGUACAUCGCCGCCCGGCACGUCUUAGACGAGAUCUACCCAGACACCACGCAUGUCUUUCUAGGGCAGAGAGACUGCCGUGCUUACACUCUGGGGCGGGUCGGAAACCACAAUGUCGUGAUAGUCUGCUUACCCGCAGAAUCCCCCGGCGUGGUAUCCGCAUCCGCCGUCGAAACAGCCUUGCGACUUACCUUCCCUUUGGUCCAAUAUUCACUUAUGGUCGGAAUCGCUGGAGCUGCGCCUGGGUCAAAGGAUGAUGUGCGACUGGGCGACGUGGUCAUAGGGACGAGAAUUGUCCCGUACGAAUUCGGCAAAGUGACCCACCAUGGGUUCCAUUAUACAGGACAUUGUCCCCGGCCGCCGGCUAUUCUUCACAAUAGGGUGAAUCAUUUUAAGUAUAAAUCUCUUUUGGAGUUUGAUAUUGGAAGUAUAGUUGAGGAUAAGGCGCGAAUGUUGCCUAUUCCGCUACAGCAUCUGUUUCGGCGUCCGGAGUUGGAGGGUCGUUUGUAUAAUUCGGACUAUGUUCAUGGUGAACAUUGCGACUGUGAGGAAACAAUGGUUCAUGACUCUUCCCUUCUUGUUGCUCGAGAGCCUCGGCCGGGAGAUGGUGAGGUCAGGGUUCACUCGGGGACCAUCGCGUCAGGGGAUAAACUUAUCAAAAAUGCUCAAACGCGCGAUGACUGGGGGAAUACGUUCAAUGCACUGUGUUUCGACAUGGAGUCUGCGGGGUUGAGUAGAGGAUCGAUCACGAUCCGUGGAAUUGACAAUUAUGCCGACUCACAUAAGAACGACAGCUGGCAUGGUUAUGCUGCUAUGGCGGCGGCUGUUUGUGCGGCAGAGUUUCUUAAGAUGGUCCCGGUUAGUGAUGUUCCCCAGGGCCAAUCUAGGGUGAUAGAUGAAGUCAGCAGAGUUAUGACGGCUUCGAUAGAGGAGAUGAAUUCCGUCUUGGAUCGUUUUCCUGGCUCCGAAAAUUAUCUGUCAACUAUGAUGGCUGUGAAUGAGAGGCUAGCAGCAAUGGAGCAACGCCUCGCUUUGCUAGAUACUCAGCAGCGGUCGGCCAAGACCCUCGAGACGAAAAUAGACAGGCUGGUGGAGAGACUGCAAAGUAUGGAGAAAAGUCAGGACCUAGCUGAAGCCAUUCUGGGACAGGCGAAUGGAAUCAAUGAUGAUAGCGAUGAUCUAUCCUCUGGUCGCACUAGAAAUCUCCAGGGAUCAGUGAUAGCCACUCCAAAAUGGACUUCAAAGGAACCCACAAAGGAAAUAGGAAGCGGCGACACCUUCUUCAAAGCAGAACUAGCAGCUUCGGACAUGCGCGGAAUCAAAGUCGAGUGUUCGAUCAAAUCUACGAAGCCGUUACCGCCACCCAAGCCGAUCAGGUUUCGCUCACGCUCUCUAUUGGAAGAUCCGCAGUGCCGUCGUUAG